UGAACUUUCUUGUCUUCCUUUAACCCUAUUGAUAUCAAACAAGGAUGCGAUUCAGCCAUGUUUUCAAUGCAGCCUUAGCUGUUCCCUGCGUGACAGCUUUGGCAGUGUGCAGGGACGCUGCUCCUCCAGCUCCUCACGGCCCUCCCGGUCCUCCUGGCCCACCAGCUGGUCCCGUUACUCGCGGUCCUCCUCCACCAGCGCCCCCCGCGGGAUCACCUGCGCCUCCCGCAGGAUCUCACAGUGUCGAUCUUCAAGAAGGAACAGUGAAGGGAUUCGCUGAUGCCAGCGGAAACUCUGUCUUCUUGGGCAUUCCUUUUGCUGAGACUACUGGUGGAGAAAAUCGUUGGAAGGCACCUAUCCCCAAGAGCAAGCUGAAGAAGGGAGACGUUAUUACCGCUACUGCAUACGGCCCAACCUGUCCUCAGGCUAUCAGCAACGAUGCCUACAGCCGUCAAGAUGAGGACUGCUUGAACCUCAACGUGUGGGCCCCCGCAGAGGGUAAGGAUCUUCCUGUCUUCGUAUACAUGUACGGAGGUGCCAUGGUCACUGGUUCGAGCAGCAACCCUCAGUUCCAAGGCAACAACUUUGCUCGCAAGGAUGUCAUCAUGGUCACUUUCAACACUAGAGAGAGCAUCUUUGCCUAUCCCAACUCUGCUGAGCUCGGCAAGGAUGGCUCUCAGAACUUCGGUAUCCUUGAUGUCCAGCAGGCUCUUGAGUGGGUUCAUGAGAACAUUGCUGUUUUCGGUGGUAACCCCAACCACGUCGUUUUUGGUGGCCACUCCUCUGGCUCAGUCCAGGUUGACCACUACCUUUGGAACAACCCCAAAUCUUGGCUUGUUGGUGCCGUCGAGAUGAGUGCCAACGCCGAGUCUGGUCCUGCCAUCACUCCUGUCAACCAAGGUCUUGACAUUGUCGCCGCUGAGGUUGGUUGUGGUACUGGUGCCGGUCAGCUUGAGUGCCUGCGCACCAAGAGCAUCUACGAUAUUGAGACUGCCAACUUCAACUCCACCUACAACACCUGGUUCUCGCCCGUCAUUGAUGAGGUGACUCGUUUCUCUGACUACGCUGGUCGCUUUGCUGCUGGCAAGUACGCUUCUCACGUUCCUCUCCUCACCGGUAACUCCGAUGGUGAGGGUGUCAUCUUCGGUCUUGUAUACGGUGGUGAGAAUACCGAUUUCAGCUCUUGGAUCAACACCUUCGAUGCUGAUGUCGCUCACAUCCCUGAUGAGGAACUCAUUGCUGCUUACAACGUUUCCGACUACGCUUCCGUCUCUGCCAUGAGUGGUGCUCAGUACGGCGAUGCUCGCUUCUUCUGCCCUGUUGACUACUUGAUCGACCUUCGUAGUGAGAAGCAGGACACCUACGUCUACCGUUUCUUCGGUGACUACUGCAACGUCGUCGGCUGCAUUGUUGGUGCACCCACUCACGGUACUGAGAUUCCUUUCUUCUUCGGAGGUCAGGAGACAUUCGAGUCUCUUACCGGUGUCACAGAUGCCCAACAAGCUCUCGCUGACUCCAUGAACGACUGGUUUGUGCAGUGGAUCAAGAACCCCUCUGCCGGACCCGGCUGGGAGAAGGUCGAGCCCAAGUCUGGUGCUGUCGCUAAGCUCGGCGUCCCUGGCGAUGAGCUUUCCAUUGAGAUCGGCUCUACUGCUGACUACAAUGGUCGUUGCCAGUCUGUUUAUGACCCUCUUCAGCCCAAGUACCCUGUUCUCAACAGCGUUGCUGCUUUGUAAGGGUGCAAAAGACGAGUCACAGAUCUUGAAUGAACAGCAAAAGCAUGUGUUUAGAGUGCUUGUACGAUACAAUAAAUUAAUAUAUACCC